UAGGCUUUGGGGUUCUUGGUGCUAAAGACAGAGGAGUCGGGCAGUACAGAUAUUCUCAGUGUUGGAGUGAGGCCCUCUCUGUGCUGCAGUGGAGGGCUUCACAGACACAGCUAGUCUGGCUGGAUGCAUCACGCAGUAGAGCAGUUUGGCGGGCGUGGCACACGGGAUUCCUUCCCUCUGGACGGACUCAACCGGGGACCAUGGGCUCCCGUGGGCGGCCGCGCCUGGCAGCCACCUGCCAGGUGUUCGCCUGGAAUAAACCACCAGCUCCUUUCCCAUCUACCUCCUGGUCCUAUGGGCGGACUGAACCAUCCCAGUAAAUUCUUUAGUAAUGGGCCCAUGCGAGGAUGUGAAAAACUUGAGCUCCCACAGCCAAUGUUGCCAGGUCUGCAGAGGGAGCAGCAGAGACCUCCUCAUCAUCAUCUUCACCCUCCACCUCCCCACAGAGCAUGGGAGCAACUAGGUCAGCUCUAUGAAUCCCACCUCCCUCCUCAAGGACAUCCUGUUGUGCCACUGCCCAAUGAGCACUCACUUCGUCCCCAUAAUGGAGGCUAUGCAGGCAACAGCGGCCCUCCCCCCAACCCCCAUCUUCCCCACAACAGACCAAACCAACUGCUGAAGUUUCGGUGUUGUCUUUAUUGUCUGUUUUGUCCUCAGGAGCAGCAUGUUCCCCGGGGUCCGCCAUUGCUGGGAGAUGAGAUGUGGGCUCAGGUGCACCAGCAGAGGGGCUACCCAGGGAAGAUGCUAGGGGGUCAGCUGAAGAGGCCAGGCCCUCCAUUGGGAGAGCACUCUGUUAUCCAGCACACUCCUCUGCCAUCCAUGCACCCGUCCUCCCGCCCAGCUGCAGAGGACUGUCCCAGCCCCAGCAAGAGAAAAAAGAGUUCGGAUCAGGUAUCUCAUCCUGGACUGCAGCGUUUCCCUGGCCCUGGCCAGUCUUUGCCAUCUCAGCACCAGUCAUCAGUCCACCACCUCCCUCCAAAAGCUGCCUUGUGGAACCCCCUUCACAAGAACACUCCUUGGCAGCCCCAGACUUCUGACCGUAAGAACCCACAAUCGCAGGAGUUCCAGCUCAGAACAGAAACCAACAAACAAGGAAUGGGUAGCUAUGCCCAAAAGUCCUCUCCUGCCUCUUCCACUCCUUCAAACUUCUCCCCUCCACCAAACUCCUCCCCGGGAAGCUACAACCAGGGAUGUGCUCCUCAGCUCCAGAAAGACGCAUUCCAACCUCAGGCUGUAAACCAGCAGUCCCCUCACUCCUCCUACACCAGCUCCAAACCCUGCCAAACCAUGGAGCCUCGUGGUGCUCACAACCAGAGAGGCCCUCUCAUUGGGGGCCAAGGUGGCGGCCAAGCUACCUCUCACACGGCAUCUACCCCAACCAGGUUAGACAGAGAUCAACACCUACAUGCCCAAUCGUCACCAGCAAACCCUCCUGCAACCAGCAACAACAGCAGCAGCAGCAGUGUGCCUUACAGCCACUUCCAGCCUCAUCCAGGGCUGGGGCACAAGGGUCCACCUCCUCCUCCUCCUCCUGGCGGCAGCACCUCAGUACCUCAGCAUCUGCAAAGUAGGCCCCAUGAGGCUUGGAGAUACCAGAGCAGGCCCAGCAGUCACUCCCUAGAGUCGGGUAUCUACAGGCCUCCAGGACUGCUACCUCAGAGCCAGCAGAGCCACAAUCAGGUCGUGGAUAGCCGGGUUCCAGUUCCUUCCCAGCAUCACCAUCAUGUCAGCCCUCCUCUGCCCCAAACCAAUUCCACUCGAACACCUGUCAUCACAGCCAAUCAUCCCAUAGCCCAGGCCUCUUGCGCCAUAGGUGGCUAUAGUAACAGCAGGAGCUCUACUGGUGUAACCAUGACUGGUGUCUCCACAGUGACCACAUCACCCCCUGCUGGUUGCCCUGUGAACAAUGGCAGCAGUAAUAGCGGUUGGCAGAGAGGAAGAGAGCCAGUAACCCAAACCUCCACCCGUGGCGUCACUAGCCCCAUCUCUCAGCUGGAUGCUCUGCUGCAGCCAGGAUGUCAGAGAGGCCAGACUACCACUGCCAACCAGCUUCACCAACAGGAGCUGCCCAGACCACAACAUGGACCCACCAAGUCCCGGCCCACGAAGGGGAAGACGUCAUACUAUGCUCAGGCAAAGAUGGAGCAACCUCCUGCAUUUUCCUCAUCAUCUUCGUUGUUCUCCUCAGGGCACCAGAGGGCAGGGGACAGUGUGAUUACAAGCAGAGUUUCAAAUCCUCUUCCUGGCUCUCCUACAACGUACCGCUCAGCUCCACGCUCUACUGGCAAUACUGCACCUCAGCCAUCCAAUCCAUCCAUUCCAGCCGUCUCAUCCAGACUGGGUCAUCAUUUAGAAUUUGCUGUGACACGGGCGUACUCUGAGCCCCAGAUUUGUCCACCAGCUCAGACCUCUGUUCCUCAGUCCAUUGAAGAGGCUCUAGACAAGCUUGAUGCAGAGCUAGAGGGUCACAUGCAAGCUGAAGAAAGGAGGAAGAGGGACAGAGAAGUGGAGCAAGAGAGAAAAAUCAGAGAAGAGCAAAGGCAAAAGAAAGAAUGGGAGAUGAGACAAAAGCGGGAUGAAGAGAAGAAGAGGAAGGAGCUGGAGAAGGAGGAGGAGAGGAAGAAGAGAGAACUGGACAAACAGGAGGAGGAGCGGAGAAGGAGAGAAUGGGAGAGACAGGAGCAGGAGAGAAAGAGGAGAAGAGAGAAGUAG